AUGGCCGCCAUCGUCGAGAACUCGGCAAACUCAAUCCCCCUCAACGGGGACCAUGUGGCCGCCGAAGGUGUUCCUACUGACGGCACUGGCGUCGUGAAGCUCGACCCAUGGCUUUCUCCGUUCCAGGACUCCCUGAAGAGGCGUUUUGCUCGCACUCAGGACUGGAUUAAGAAGAUCAAUGACACCGAGGGCGGCAUUGAGAAGUUCUCUCAGGGCACUUCCAUCUUCGGUUUCAAUGUUGAUCAAGACAACAACAUCAUCUACCGGGAGUGGGCUCCCAAUGCGACUCAGGCCUUCCUGACUGGCGACUUCAACGGCUGGGACAGAAAUUCCCAUGAGAUGAAGAAGAACAACUUCGGCGUUUUUGAGAUCACUGUUCCCGCCAACAACGGCCAAGCUGCGAUCCCUCACAACUCCAAGGUCAAGAUCUCUCUCCAACUUCCCAACGGCGAGCGUGUUGACCGCCUCCCCGCAUGGAUCAAAUAUGUGACGCAAGAUCUGUCUAUCUCCCCCGCAUAUGAGGCCCGUUUCUGGAAUCCGCCUGCGGCGGAAAAGUACGAGUUUAAGCACCCGAGACCCAAGAAGCCUCGCAGCGCUCGUGUUUACGAAGCUCACGUCGGAAUCUCCUCGCCCGAGCUGAGAGUUGCAACUUACAAAGAGUUCACUCAAAACAUGCUGCCCAGGAUCAAGAGUCUCGGCUACAACGUCAUUCAGCUGAUGGCUGUCAUGGAGCACGCAUACUAUGCCAGCUUCGGUUACCAAAUCAACAACUUCUUUGCCGCCAGCAGUCGUUAUGGCACGCCCGAAGAUCUCAAGGAGUUGGUCGACACAGCCCACAGUAUGGGGAUUGUGGUGCUUCUCGAUGUCGUCCAUAGCCACGCCUCCAAGAAUGUUUUGGACGGACUCAAUGAGUUCGAUGGCACGGAUCAUCAGUACUUCCACGAGGGCGGCCGUGGCCGACAUGAGCUUUGGGACAGCAGAUUGUUCAACUACGGCCAUCACGAGGUCAUGAGAUUCCUUCUCAGCAACUUGCGUUUCUGGAUGGACGAGUACCACUUUGACGGGUUCCGUUUCGACGGUGUUACAAGCAUGCUGUACCUGCACCACGGCAUUGGAACUGGAUUUUCUGGAGGUUACCACGAAUACUUCGGCUCAGACGCCGAUGAGGAAGCCAUCGUUUACCUCAUGAUUGCCAACGAGUUGCUUCACUCCUUAUAUCCUGAAGUCAUCACAGUUGCCGAAGACGUAUCUGGAAUGCCCGCCCUCUGCUUGCCGUUGUCAUUGGGCGGUGUUGGCUUUGACUACCGUCUUGCCAUGGCUAUUCCGGACAUGUGGAUCAAGAUCCUCAAGGAGCAGAAGGAUGAGGACUGGGAUAUCGGCAACAUUUGCUUCACUUUGACAAACCGAAGGCACGGCGAAAAGACCAUUGCAUACUGCGAGUCUCACGAUCAAGCGCUCGUGGGUGACAAGACGCUCAUGAUGCAUCUUUGCGAUGCUGAGAUGUACACUAACAUGUCGACCUUGACUCCCUUGACGCCUGUAAUCGACCGCGGAAUGGCUCUCCACAAGAUGAUCCGACUCCUCACCCACGCCCUCGGCGGUGAGGGUUAUCUCAACUUCGAGGGUAACGAAUUCGGUCACCCAGAGUGGCUUGACUUCCCCCGUGAAGGAAAUCAGAACUCUUUCUGGUAUGCUCGUCGCCAGCUGAAUCUGACCGAUGAUCAUCUACUCCGCUACAAGUUCCUCGACCACUUUGAUCGUCUCAUGAAUACCACAGAGCAGCAGUACGGCUGGCUGGCGGCGCCGCAGGCCUACAUCUCGCUCAAGCACGAGGGCGACAAGGUCAUCGUCUUUGAGAGAGCGGGUGUUGUCUUCAUCUUCAACUUCAACCCCACCGAAAGCUUCGCCGAUUACAGAAUUGGCAUUGAGGUUCCGGGAAGCUACAAGGUCAUUCUGAACACCGACCACAAGGACGUCGGUGGGCACGGACGUGUUGACGAGAACACGCGCUUCUUCACCACCGCCAUGGAGUGGAAUAACCGCAAGAACUGGACUCACGUCUACAUCCCGAGCCGAAGUGCUUUGGUCCUCGGUCUGGAGUCACCCGUUUCGCAAAACUAG